AUGGCCGAAUCGGAAGGUCAAAAGAAGAACGAUGCGAAAGUCGAGCAUCUCGAGUUCGAAGGCGUGCUCGAAAGACGCCAGAAUCCUGAAGGCAAGAUCCGCAAUCCACUGGCCGAUCUGACCAGACCUGAACUCGAACGUCAAGUUGAAGGCUUCUGCGAAACCUAUGGUCUUCAAGAUAAGCUCGAGCUCUUUCAAAGAGCCGCUCUCGUCGCUCAACGCCCAGACGACUUUGAAACUAUCGAAGAGCUCACGGUCGAGGACAAGAAAUGGCUUCGCUUGGAGAAAACGAAUCGCUGGAAACUUCCUUGGACGCUGUAUCUCUGCAUAGCAGUAGUGUCCCUCGGCUCAGCCAUUCAAGGCUGGGACAACACAGGAGCCAAUGGAGCCAACCUCUCCUUUCCCGAAGAAUUCGGUAUUGCGGACAAUGGAUGGCUGAUCGGAGUCAUCAAUUCUGCGCCAACUCUUUUCGGCCUCGCAUCAGCCUGGGCAGCAGAUCCCGUCAACAACAAGUUCGGUCGACGAGGAACCAUCUUUCUCACAAAUCUUUUCGUCGUCUUUCCGGUUCUAGCACAGGCCUUCACGCACACAUGGCAAGAAUUGAUGAUUUGUCGACUCUUCAUGGGCAUUGGAAUGGGUGUGAAGAUUUCCACGAUUCCGGUCUACACGGCUGAAGUUGCCCCUGCGAGUAUUCGAGGGGGGCUUGUGACGAGCUUUCAGUUGUGGGUCGCUUUUGGCAUUCUGGUUGGUUUCAGCUCGAAUCUUUGGUUCAAGGAUGUUGGGAAGAAUGCUUGGAGGUUCCAGCUCGCUGCGGCUUUCGCACCUGCUCUGCCGUUGCUGUUCAUUAUUUGGCUGUGUCCUGAAUCUCCGAGGUGGUAUCUGAAGAAGAAUCGAUACGAGAAGGCAUUCCGUUCUUUCUGCCGGAUUCGAAAUUCCGAGCUCCAGGCUGCGAGAGAGAUGUAUUUCGCACAUAUUCAGGUCCUGCAAGAGCGAGCAGCAUUCGAGGGCAAGUCUAUCGCCCAUCGAGCUUGGGAACUCUUCUCCGUCCCACGGAUUCGCCGGGCCACCGUCGCAUCAUCUUGGAUCGUCAUCAGUCAGCAGUUCAGUGGCAUCAACAUCAUGGCCUUCUACUCCUCAACAAUCUUCUCAACAGCAGGCUACAACGUAACACAAUCCCUCCUCGCCUCCUGGGGCUUCGGACUCGUCACCCUCCUCUUCGCCUUCCCAGCAAUCUACACAAUGGACACAUUCGGCCGCCGCAACCUCCUCCUCCUCACAUUCCCCAACAUGGCAUGGUGUCUCCUCGCCGCCGGCCUCUGCUUCCUCAUCGACAAAGACAACAGCGCACGCGUCCCUUUAAUCGCCCUCUUCAUCUACAUCUUCUCAGCCUUAUACGGUCCCGGAAUCGGCCCCAUCCCUUCAAUCUACUUCUCCGAAGCCUACCCCCUCUCUCACCGCGAAAUCGGCGCAGCUUUCACCAUCUGUGUCAACAACGCUUUAGGAAGUGCUUUGGGACUUACUUUCCCUUCACUCCUCGCUAAGAUCACCCCCACCGGAGCUUUUGGGUUUUAUGCUGGUCUUAAUAUCAUCGCCUUCGUCGGGAUUUUCUUCAUUGUGCGUGAGACCAAGCAAUUGAGUUUGGAAGAAUUGGAUUAUGUUUUUGGUUUGCCUACGUCCAGGCAUGCGAACUAUAUGGUUAGGACGUGGUUGCCGUGGUGGUUUAGGAGGUGGGUGCUUUGGAGGAGGGAUGAGGAGUUGGUGCCGCUUUAUCGGAGGGAGGGGAUGCAUUGA